AUGCGAAGUACUAUGAAUUCAUCUUAUACUCAACAACCUCUCAUUCGACCACCACUUCUGGUGUCCGAAAUUUCAUAUGGAAAUAAUGCUGGUAGUUACAUACAACAACCGCCAUAUCAAAGUUGUCCGAUACUCAAUACUCCUUCGACAAAUUACAAUCAACCAACAUCGUUCUAUCUUCCUCAACAACCAAAUCAACUAAAUCAUUUACCACAAAUUCCAUUUGCUCCUACAGAUAGUUUUUUACAACAAUCAUCAGUUGCAUCACAGUGGAAUCCACAACAAAUCACUUGCCAACAAUCAUAUGGGUCCACUCAUACCUAUUUUGAUUCAACAACUUGUUUACAACCAGAUUUAUCUACAUCGAUAGUUUAUUCAUCGCAAUCAAGACCUAGUCAGAUUCGACAAAAGAAUAUUUUGCCUAUCAGAGAUCCAGCAUCGAAAGAGAUUAUCAAUCUUGGAGAUGAACAAUCUUCUCCUUCAUCUUCAUCAAACAAAUCAUCAUCGAUUGAUUCAACAUUGAAAUUGCCGAUAGCCUCAAAACAUACAUCCAAUAUUCCAUUGAAGUUUGUCGAGAACACAACUUUUAGCAAAAAUAUAGAACAAGAAUGUCACCAAGAAUCAGAACAUUCAACAUCUAUAUUACCAACAACAUUUGACAAUCAAUCCCUAUCGAUCAAUUCAGAUCUAUCAGAAUCUCAUAUUUUAAAUGCUUCUGAAAAUAAAGAACAAUUGAAAGAUGAGGUCGACAAUAUCCAACAUGGAGAAGAACUUGUAGCUACACCAGUGAAGGAGACAGAUAUCGAAGACGGAACCAAUUUGUCUGAUAGCCUGAAACUUCAUGAACAGUCAGAUAUAGAAUCAACGACAACGUGUGAAGGUGAAACAUCAUCAGAUGUACAUAAUGAUACAAAAGAGACUAGUGAAAAUAACUUCUUCAUCGAAACAACCUAUUCUUCAAAUAAUGACAUUCCAUUUGAAUCAACUCUAUCCAUUCCGAAUAUAUCGAUUUCCAGUUCAAAUUUUCAAUACACUCGACAAAAAUUACUCGCAUUACGUGCACAUCGAUUAUCAAAAAUUCGACCGGCCAGUUUGCCAAAUAUUCCAACGAUCGUUUUAGCAAAACCAAAUAUUCCAAUUAAUACCGAUAGCGAAGUAAAUGAACAAGUUCUUCGCGAAGUUCGACUUAUUUUAAAUAAGAUUACACCUGAUACUUAUGAAAAAUUAUUGAAAAAACUCGAAUCACUCGACAUAUGCAAUCGUGUUCGAUUAGAAGGCAUGAUCAAUAUUUUCUUCACUAAGGCCAUCGAAGAUAUUUCCUUUUGUCAUAUUUAUGCUAACUUAUGUAAAUAUUUUCAAAAGAAACAAGUGACUGUACCCGAUGAGAAUGAUAUAAUGAAGACAUAUGUUUUUCAAAAUCUUUUAUUACAACAAUGUCAACAGGAAUUUGAAAAUGAUUAUCGACAAGAGAUUGAAUAUGAUCGACGUAAAGCAGAAAUUGAUCAAAUUGUCAAUGAUGAAAUAAAAAAGAAAGAAGAAAUUGAUAAUUUAGAUGAAAAUCUUGCUCGAGCUAAACGAAAAAAAUUCGGCAAUAUUGUUUUCAUCGGUGAAUUAUUCAUCGUACAAAUGCUUACCGAUUCAAUCAUGUACCAAUGUAUUGAUUAUUUAUUGAAUGAACAUGAUGAUGAAGAAAGUCUUGAUUGUCUCUGUCGUCUUUUACGUUCCGUUGGUGAAACACUCGAGAUUAAAGCAAAAAAAAACUCUAAUACAAAAAAAAUUUUACUCACACAUUAUCGUAAAUUAGAAAAUAUUACUCGACAAUCGAAUAUAUCAUCACGAAUUCGUUUUGCCAUUCAAGAUAUAAUGGAGAUGCGAAAAAAUGGUUGGAUUGCUCGUCGACCACAAGAGAAACCGAAGAAAAUCGAACAAAUUCAUGAAGAAGAAUUACAACGAGAACGCAAUGAAGUGAAAAAAAUCGGGCACAAUGGUCAUCAUUCGCAAUCGUAUAAAGGUUCACAUCGUAGUCAGGAACAACUUACUGUUAAGAAGCCAGAAUUGAAUCGUUCUGAUCAUCGAUUCGUCGUUGAAUCAUUACGACGAUUGCAAGCCGAUGACAAACAGUAUCAAGGAUCAACUAGUCUCAAAUUUGCACCGAUGGGUGGUUUGAAGAAAUGGUCAACUGUUGAAAAAAAGACAGUUAAGAAUGACCAGUCGAUCACAAAUCGUCAUAAUACAUCUUCACCUUCAAGUCCACAAUCACCAAAGACAAAUCGAUUUUAUCAAUUACACUCCAUGUCUAACAAUUCGCCAAUUGAGAAAAAUGUUAGCGAAGAUUAUCGGAGAAAUUCUUCGAUUAAUAGUAACACAUCAUUAUCAUCAGACGAAAUUGAAAAUAAGAAAACAAUAUUAUUAGACGAAGAAAAGAUUCUUGAACGUGUUCGUUCACUUGUUAAAGAAUACACUGAAAAUUAUUCUACUCAAAGUGAUGUACCAAUUCGAGAUGCAAUCGAUGAUUUCAUUGAUUUUUGUACAUCGAAUGUUAAAGAACAAGCAUUGAUCGUUCAAGAACUUAUGACAAAUGUACUCGAAUCAAAAGCAUUGGCACGUGUAGCUAUUGGACGAUUGCUUGAUGCAGUCAUUCAUAAGAAAAUUCUAUCUAAUGAAGGAUUUCUAUCUGGAUUUCAAUCGGUUGUCGAUCUGGCUCCUGAUUUAGCUAUUGAUAUUCCUCAUAUUUGGCAAUAUAUCGGCGAAAUAAUUGGUUCAUUUCUAAUUGGUACAUCAUCAUCAUCUCAUAUUGAUUUGCUCACAGCCAUUUUUCAAAAGAUUCCAGAUACAAAAUCGAAACAAAUGUUUGAAUAUAUCAUUCGAUAUGCUGUAGAAUUUUCAUCGAAAGAACAUGUUCGAAAACUAUGGCAAUCGUCGACUCUCACAUUCGAGAAAAUUCUUAAAGUAGACUUGAUCGAUUCUGCAUUCGUUCAUGAAUUUGAAUGGCUAAUCAAUAGUUCAUCAGCUCAACCUGAUCUUGAACUCGUCAAACUAUUCAAAAAUAUCAAUAAUCAAGACUCAGAUAUUGUUGCUUAUAUUAAUCAUCAUUUGAAUUCAUCGGAAAAAUUCUUCAUUCGUACAAUUGUUUUCUCCUAUCUCGAGUCAUGUUUGAUGAUCGGUCAAAAUCAAGAGAAACGAAUUCAAGAAGAUAUUGCUCGAAGUCAUAUUGGAGUUCUUAAAGCGUUUAUUAACAAUAGUUCGGAUAUUGAAAUUCAAAUUAUCUAUGCCAUUCAACAUUUUGUUUAUCAAUUUGAUCAUCCACCGAAAAUGGCUGCAUUUUUCUUCGAUCUUUUCUAUGAAGAAGAUUGUGUUAGUGAAGAUAGUUUUUUUCAAUGGUGUGAAAGUCCAGAUCCGUUGGAAAUUGAAGGACAUACAAAUAUAGUGAACUCAACGACGAAUUUUUUUACCUGGUUAAAAGAAACGGAUGAACAGGAAACAUCUUCUUGA